UGAAACUGAGCUUAGUUUAUUUUUAGUUCUGUUUACUUUAUGAGUUCGAUUUUUAUUUGAAAACGUUUAUUUAGUUUGAAUAUGAGACCGUUUAUUGUGAUCAGACAAUUUGAGAGUGACGACACGAUUGCACGCAAGGAUUUAAUCAGACAAUAUGUAAUGUCAUUUGCUUUCGACGCUUUUACAUCUUGCUUAUUUAGAGAGAUCUUUCUGCAAUUGGUUGUUCUUGUAGCGGCCGUGAUGUUCAUUUUCUUCAAUUUUCCAUUGAUCAUUUGCGCAUCGUCAAUACCAUUCGUUAUCAUUUUUAUCUACAUCUCGGUAUAUGGAGCCUAUUUGACAAAAGCCAUCGAGUUAUCACAUGAUCCAAUAACGUCGUGCUGGAUUGCAGAAGCAUAUGAACCAUAUUUGAUGUCGUUAUCGUUCAAUAACGAUUCUCUGGAAUAUGACAUUGUUCCUGAAAGUCGUUUACAAUCAACUGACUUCGAAUUGAAUCGCAUGAAACGGACACUGAUUGGGACAAUUUCAAUCGAAUCACAUCGGUCGUUACACGGUGCUGGAUGGUUGAGUCAUUUUGCAAUUUCUUCGAAAUUCAAUUUUGAUAAAGUGGCAGAACCACUCAUACAUCGCACGCUUAAGCAUGCAAUCGAACAGCAAUUUUAUUCAGUGGAAAUGGUUACGACGGAAUGUCAAAGUCAAUUACGUGAAGUUUUGCUAAAAAUUGGCUUUGAUAUGAAACAAAUUUAUCACCAAUACAUUCUCGCCAAUAAUAAUCUUAGAAUUAUGAAAUCACAGAUGGGCAUCGAUCUAAACACAUGGACAAAAUCAAAAAAUAAAUAAAUCUUAGGGCUAAUUACACAAAUCACACGGAUUGUUCCAUACAGAUAAUUGUAUUUUGAUAGAUAUUUUUAUAGAGACAAUUCUAAUGAUGUUAUUUGAAGAAUUAUGUUAAAUAUUUGAAGACAAUGAAUAAAUGAAUGAUAUAUUUUCACUCCGAA